AUGGCCUCAAUUGUGCGUCCCUCUCUGCUUAGGCAGACCGCCCUGGCUUCUCGAUGGGCCGCUGCCCCCUCCGUCGCGACCCGAGGCGUCUUCAUGAAGCCCAUGGGUGUUGCUGCUUUCCACAACUCUACCCGACGGAGUGCCAUUCUCCCUCCUGGUCCUCAGCGAAUCGAGGGCGGCGUCAACGACCCUGCCCCCGUUCCUGAGCCCAGCGCCGCCCACGGCUCCUACCACUGGUCCUUCGAGCGCCUCCUCGCCGCCGGCCUCGUUCCCCUGACCAUCGCCCCCUUCGCCUCUGGCUCCCUCAACCCCACCCUCGACGCCAUCCUCUGCAGCGUCCUCCUCCUCCACUCCCACAUGGGCUUCCAGCAGGUCGUCAUCGACUACAUCCCCAAGCGCACCUACGCCGGCCUCCGCAAGAUCUUUGACUGGCUGCUCAACAUCGCGACGGUGAUUGUCGGCGUGGGACUGUACGAGUUUGAGACCAACGACGUCGGCAUCACCGAGGCUGUUAAGCGAAUUUGGAAGGCAUGA